AUGGCUCUUUGGCUCUGCUCUCUUGCAGUCCUCAGCGUCAUCGCUCCUCACUACCACGUCUCUGCCACCACGUCAGCUACGCCCCCUACAUAUAGCGGAAUACAGCCAGACUCGGGUUCGGCGCGGGACAAUGCACGCCACAUCUUCAACGCCGUCCACUCGGCCAUGCGCCAAUGGGGAUCCUCCCUGAACCACAACGGCAUGUCCUUCUUCCCUGCAACCAUCCCCCAAGGCGUGCUGCUAUAUCACGGGACAACCGCCCCUGACGCAGUGACCGGCCUCGAGUGGCUCGCAUUUGAGAUUGAGCAUGCAGAGGUCUUUGCUCCGCUGUUGCUCGAGCGACAAGGCCCGCCCGACCACCCGCAGAACCGUCGUCGGCAGAACGGGCCCCCUGAAACUUCUCACCUACACGUUUCUGAGUCAGAGAAAGUAGUUGUUUCUCGUCCAGAUACACCAAGGGCCCAAGAGCGGCCAACGCGCGAUGGCUACCUCCAUACCUAUCGCGUCACGCGACCCCAGCGCCUGCUGUACAUCGAUGGCAUGUCCGGCGCCAAAUGCGACCUCGGCACUUUGGACACGCAGGAUAUCCUGCUCAGGAACCGCACCGGGAGGGCGGCUUCGACGAGAGACAUCGAGCCCAGGCCCUCUGCGACAUGGCUGCGCAGUGGCAGAUCGACGGAAUCAUCCGCAUGUAGCCGGCUCGAGGUGAUCAAAUGCCGGUUCGAAGACGGCAUGGAGCUGGUUUCGGCCAAAAAACGACCCCAGAGAAGGGCAGGCGACCUCGAUUUGAACCAGCUGGAGUAUAUACGUGCGGUUGCGCAGCGCUACUGGGAUAUUGCCGCGACACGCGUCCACGUGGACUUUUCGAAAAUGGUCUCUGCAUUCUUCUACCCUGUCAACCUCACAAACCCGGAUCCCAAGGCUGCAGAACACCCGAGGAUGGUUUUCAUGCCGUGGGAAGAGCUGGAGAGCAUCAGAACCGAUGUGGCGGAGUCGCUGUCGACGUUUGAGGUGCCCCAGUUGACUGAGAGUUGGCAGGGUAUUACGGAUAUGGUGUUUUCACGAUAUUCCGACCGUCUCCGGUUCAUGGCCGAGAAGGCAACCUGGGACGACAUUCGUUCGGAGUUGAACGUGUUGCUCGACUCUUUCGUUAAUUACACCCCCUCUGCCGGACCGGACAUCUCAGCCGGCACGCGCGAAUGCGCCGAGCAUUUCCUCCGCCCUGUCAACUCGAGUACAUGGCAGGAUAAACUCAUCCGAGUUGCUUUCGAGACCGUCUUAACCAGGCUGUGCACUGAUUUGUUCUCGGUUCGGGACAUAGUGAGCAAGCCUGAGGAGGAUGAGAACACCCUGAAGAAGGUCCGUAUCGUCAUCAGAGACCUCAUGGGAUGGCUGGAGUGGACUGAAUGGCGGAAGUGCAGUCCAUGCGAUGUCAACGAGAUUUGCUUCGUGGCCGUUUGGCCACAUGGCAAGCCGGAGGAUCACUACUCUCCUAGUUGUCUCAACAAGACCCAGUUGCAGGACCGGCGUGGGUAUUGGCGGGAGCCCGCAAGUCAUGGACCAAGGCCUGAGCCACAUCAAAGAGUAUACCAGGAUCUUUGA